CGCCGCGAACACCGAGCGGUACCACCACCACUCGAGGUUGUCGUCGCGGCGAGAGAUCCAUGUGCGUUCGACGUCGUCCCGCGAGACGACGACGCCGUAGUAAAGAAAAAUUAGAGACGUGUACUUUCUUCUUUACUUAUUUACUUACUUACGAACGAGUGAGCAAAUCUUUGUUAUAAUAUUUUCUUUUUUUUUUACAUCGUAUACACAUCUCGGAAAGCGACUUCGCGUUUAUUUCUUUUUUUUUUUCUUUCUACGAAAUUUGAGAACGUGGAGAUUAUAAACACAUACGAAAAUAAAAGAAAAAACUGAAGGGUGUCGAAGUGUGUCGCAAAACGUUCUCGUUAAAUUUCGAUGAAAAACAAAUAAACAAUAAUUUAAUAUUUACAAGGGAAGAUUUAUAUAAGAAUGUCUCGUGAGUCAUCGAACGUUAGUCGCAAAACGCGUGAGAACUCCAACGGAGCCAAUCACGCGCGAGAACGAGACGAGGAAAAUCGGUUAUUCGUAUAUACGUCACGCAUUGUACCAACAUCGACGAGCAUUCUUCAAUUGUUUUAACGGAAUAAAAGUACACGAUCGUCUUUUGUUAACGAACGUUAAAAUACGUUAGGAGAUUAUUUUCCGUUACAUCGAUCGACCAAUCAUCGAAGAGAUUGUGGAUCUGAUCGGGCGCCGAUUGGUCGAUACUCGUAGUCGGAUAAACCGUCGUUUUUAUUGCUUUUACGACAAACGACGCAGUUCGUUCGAGCGCGUUGCACGGACCGCGCUUUUUCCACGGGGAAAAAGAAAAGAAAUAAAGCAAAUCACGAAAUAUCGUCGAAUGUGUCUCGAGAUCUUCCCGCGAGUCUUUCGUUCCUCUUUUUAACGACGAUACCAAAAGGAAAGGACGACUUCUCUCGUCGGUGCUUUUACAAUUUUUAUCGUCGAUCAUUCGCUAGAGAAGGGUGAUAAAGUUCGAAGCAGAAGUGUUAUCGGAACGCUUUAAUGGUGAUAAUCGCGCGAACGAGAGAAGGAUAAGAGUGCGAAUAAACGACGAUACGAGUGAGUGAGAAAAAAGAUCGUGAAGUUUUUAUUAGAUCGGUCAAGAAUUUUUCGGUAUAUUGUGCUCCUCGGAAGGCCAAUUCGUAUCGAACAAAAAUUGGUGCCAAUUUAUACUGGUGAAGGUGGACAACGUUAAAGUGUUAUCGACGGUGAUUCGGGUAAUGAGAAAGUGUGGAAGAUGGUGUGUCGUUGGUUCACCGUUCCGUUGCUCUCUGGUUUUUUGAUCUUCAUUGAAGUUAUUACGGUUGGUCAAGGUACUUUUGCUCGCGAUCAAAAACUUGCGGAAAGUGUAACGGGGAAUCAUAACGCCAGUGGUGCUCCGAGCUUCGACGUGAACGUUCAACGGAACGUGACGACGGCCGUAGGACAAACAGCCUUUCUUCAUUGUCGAGUACAUCGCAUGGGCGACAAGGAGGUAUCCUGGAUGCGGAAAAGGGAUAUGCAUAUCCUUAGCGCCGGGAUCCUUAUGUAUACCUCAGAUCUGAGGUUCCUAGUGAUUCAUCCGGAAAAUUCUGAGAACUGGACGUUGCAGAUCAAAUCGCCUCAAGAACGAGACUCCGGAGUUUACGAGUGCCAGGUCAGCACCGAGCCAAAAAUGUCGUUGAACUAUACUCUCAACGUCGUCGAGGCACGUGCAAGGAUAAACGGAACGUCGGAUAUUUACGUCAAAACUGGCAGUCUAUUGACAUUAACCUGUCUGAUGUCCCAAGGACCUCAUCAUUUGGGUACAGUCGCUUGGUAUCGUGGUAACCAUGCUGUAGUUACGUCUCCGCGAUUAGAAAACGACGUCAACGCGGAGCCACGUAUUACAGUUGAAACGGAAUGGAGCGAUGCUCUUACGUCAAGAUUGAGGAUCACUCAUGCGAAAUUGAGCGACUCCGGGAAUUACAGUUGUGUACCCACCUUCGCAAAGAAAGCAAGCGUUACCGUUCACGUUAUCAAUGGAGAGCAUCCAGCCGCGAUGCAGCACGGUAAUACAGCCGCAGGCUCGCCAACGUCGAAGACCGUUCUCCUCCUGCUCGUCUUUUUCUUGGGCAGAUUGAGAUAAUGUGCGAGCGCAUGAACUCAAACAAGUCAAAGCAAGGCCUGAAGAAAAUUCAGCGAAAUCGCGAGAUUCACGAUCGUUCGUUCCUUCUACGGAACGAUUUGAAAAAAUCGCGAGGCGCGAAUUUCGAACGAAUUUUCUUUUAUUCAAAUUCGCGCCGAAGUCAUCUGAGAUAUGGAACGCUAUAUAAAGGAGUUGCAACAUGCGAGAAGUACUCUUAUCGAUUUUGAAAGGAUAUGAAAAUAAUAUCGAUAAUACCGAUCGAGUUGAUUCGAAAUCGAUGAAUCGAUAAAUUGAAGGAGAUAAAAAAGAAAAAAGGAAAGGAUGAUAGUGAAGGUUGGCUAAAAAUACGCGAGAGUACCAAAUGUGCCGGUUUAUCUUCGAUCGAGUAAAGUCGAUCGAAAAGGUCAAAGUUCGAGGAGAGAGGAGAAUAGAAAAAAGAGAAGAGAAGAGACGAGGAAAGUUCGUUCGAUGAGAUCGCGAUGGAAUUCCGCGGAACGUCGUUUCUCUACAAUAAACGUAAUUUAUAUUCGCGCACGUCCCCGCUCGUCCACUAAACGACGAACUCAUAAAUUAUUUCCCCACGAAGCCGGAUUUUAAUUUCGUCGGCGAUGGAUUGCGUAAGCGAACGUAUGCGCAUAUAUGUACGCGAUAUUCUUAUACGUGUGAAAGAUACACGCACGCAUAAACACAGAUAUACACACCAUAGACACGUACAAAAAAAAGAAAAAAAGGAAAAGAGAGCGCGCGCGCGCGCACGAGAGAGAGAGAGAGAGAGAGAGAGAAAUACGUUGCGAGGACGCAGAGAUCGAUCUAAGGAAAACACACAUUAGAUUAUAAUGACGGCUGACGGGUCCUCCGCUAUCGUAAGAGAGCUCUACGCAAAACUAUAAAUCAGAAAAGUGCAUAAUAUAGUGUCGCAUGCGCAAACUCAUAAAUCAGAUUAAACCGUGCAUAUAGUCUGGGCGAGUAAGAAAAAGGAAGCGUUUGUUACAUGGGAUUAUCGAUUCGAGCGUUCCUUGCUCUACUUCAAAAUCGGAACGUAUUUCUUUUUCUCUUUUCGUUUCUUUCCUUUUCUUUCCUUUCCUUUUAUUUUCUCUUAUUUUCUUCUCUUUACUUUUUCCUUUCGUCUUCAUUUUUCUUCAUCGUCUCUCUCUCUCUCUCUCUUUUUCUCUCUCUCUCUCUCUUUCUCUUCUUUCCAUGCUUUAGAAACGUUCUCUUUUCACGCGGAGAAUUCGAAAAGAUCGAACGAUGACGAGGACGGUUACGUUUUUCUUCCAGACGUAGAGAUAAAGAAAUAGAAGAAGAAAAGAAGACGAAAUUAUACGAUCGCGAGUUUGUAAGAUAAUACCUUGAAAAAUCUAUUAGACGAUAAAAUUUCUAGCUUGGAAGAGUGAACUUCUCCCUCUCUCUCUCUCUCUCUCUCUCUCUCUCUCUUCUGUUUCUUUCCUUUUCUUUAUUCGCGAAAAACAAUGUGUCCUUUGUAAAAGCAUCGACGUGAAUUCCGUUCGUUUCGAAUGAACGUUCGACUGUGAAACAAUCACGAACAAAAAUGAAAGAGAAGAAGAAAUAAAAAAGGAAGAAAAGAAAAAAGGGUAAAGGCCUCGGCAACUCGGUGGAUAUAUCGAUAUAAUGGCAAGCUAUUAUUAUCACGGAUGGAAAUUCUAGAUUUGCGAGAAAACUUUGGAAAUUUUAAUGCAACCAAGCUGAAUCGCGAAUCGUUUCGAGGGGGAAAAUUGGAACGCGACGGUUGUCAAUAAAUUUAUAAGCAUUCCGAUAUUGGAGAAUCGUACUCGUAUACUGCAUGUGCAAGUACGUAUAUGUGUGCGUAUAUACACGCACAGAUACACACGACACACACGUUUAUAUGCAUAUACGUAUAUGUACAAACAUAAAACUCGAUGGAUUCUACCUACAUAUUUCCUUCUUGCACGACCACAAUUUGAUCCUAGCGUUGGGUUCGCGAAAGAAAUGGCGAUAUAAACUCUGACAUGGAGCGGUUUAAAAUGAUUUUCUGCUGGCGUACAUCUGCGCGCUUCCAUGCUGAAACGAAUGACGCACACGGAAAAUAAAUCUUUUCCAAAGAUGUUCGCCGUUUAGUAUCUUCUAUAAGAAACGAACUUACGACACUUACAUUGACUCGAAAAAAGAUCGAUUUCACUCUUUUGCAUAUGUAUCAAUGUUGACCCAGUUAUUAGAAUCACGUCUUAUUCUUUCUUCAAGCAUAUAUAACAAUUUUUUCGAUAAUGAUUAUACGGAAAAGAAAUGUACGAUGUAACGUCAGAUUUAUCUCUUCCCAAGAUCAUAUAUUUUUUAUCUAUAAAUUGAUAUAUUUAUAAUGCUCUUGACAGAUAGAAUAUUCAAAUACGAUCGAAGCAACGAUAUAUAAGAUUUUAAAAGACUAUAAAGGACCGUACUUACCGGAAACGAUCAUUGAAAAUCGUCAGAGCACUUUUUGCAUAGGGAAAGUUUUUUAACGAUUAUCCUUUUCCUUCGAAAAAGUGAAAAGGGUAUUCGAACUUUCGAUUAAUUUUCUCCAAGAAUAUGAUUAACGCUCUUUCAAACUGCUUCAAAAGUACGCUAAGUAAUAAAUCUAGUUUCAGGAUAGUUUCGGGAUAUCUCGGCCGGUAUCCUCGUAACAAAAAUGAAGAAAAAUAAUUUUCUCGCGUUUGAUGGAAAGCGAUAAAUAUUUGAGUGUUUCACAUUAAAAUCGUAUAUCUAGUUUACUUCAAACAUCCAUUUUCGUGCACGUAAAAAUAAUGCUUCUUUAAUUCGCCAUUCAGGAAAUGAAAUAGGUAGUUCAAUUUCGAAUGGAGCCAAUACUGUCGAUCGCGUAUCGUAAAAAACAAAAGUAAUUCCUGAUGGAUAUAGAAAAUCGAUGUGAAUAUAAAGACACAUCGUGUUUCUAUGUCAAAUGCGUAUCAAUGUUGCACUUAUUAUCGUAAAGAUUCUAGAAGAUAUUAUCUCUAAAGAUUCUAAAUAAAAUUUUUAUACUUCUUUACGAAGUUAUUUUUAACAAACUCAUCGACUUUCGAAUUUCUACUCCUUCUUUAUUCGUUCCAACUUUCUUUCCAAUUCUUUACGAUUCGAGGAUAUAACAUUAGAGAUAUUCCCGGGCUUCGUAAAAUAUCUCGAAUGAUUCUAUGAUAAGCAUUUGCCGGCUUACAUCGAAACGAUAUUUCCUCAAGGGAGACCGAAUUUCGAAAGAAAGUACUACAAAUUUUUCUGAGUCUUGAUUCCUUGAAUCUUCUCUUAAAUAUACACGCCCUUUCCGUAAACGUGAUUUUUUGCCCUUAGCUGAGAUUCGAGCUGAAUCUUGAGUAGAGAAAAAGGAAAAAAAAAGAAAAACGAAAGAAAAGAUCAUAUUGAGAAAUUCGUUCGACGCAAAGACAAAAAAGAUUUUUUUAUUAAUUAUCGUUACGACUAAUUUCACCGUCCGAGAGUUUAUAAAGUUAUGUUAGGAAAGGAGCACUCCUCGCCACUAAACGUACUUUUUACGAUUUCGUAUUUUAAUAAAAGAGAGCGAUGGCAGAACUAAUUCGUUCAUUAAGUUUGCGCUCGUAAAAUAAAAACUAUCGUUUCCACGUCGGAACCAAAAACAAAUAUAAAUUUUACACGAUGACUGGCUAGAAUAUUUCUAACGAGUCAUAUUCUUCGCAAAAAUGUAUGAUACGAAAACUUCAAAGAAAAUCCAACUCUAGAAAAUCCAAGGAUCGAAUGUAAUAAAACAAACAGGAGAGAAUGGGAAUUAAUUUUCUUGUCGAUGCUUUUACAUUUUCUCGAAAAUGGAAAACGUAUGUAUUCCCGUCCCGUCGUCGGUUAAUCAUCGUUUUCAUGAAUAAAACGAUGAAAAGGAAAUGGCACUUUUCUAUGGCUUGAUCCUUGAAAAUUUUAAUCGUAUGUUUCAACGCGAAACGAACUGUAUGUUAUAUUUGCUUGAUGGAAUGAAAGACUGCGUUUAUCAGGGAGAAUGAGAGAGAGAGAGAAUGAAAUGAAGAAAAAACUGCGUUCUCUCCGCACUGACCAUAGAGAGAGUGAGAGAGAGAAAGAGAGAAACAUACAUAGAGAGAGAGUGAAAAAGAGAAUGAGAUUGAGAGAGAGUGAGAAAGAAAGAGUGAAUGAAAUAAAAAAAAAAAAAUGUUAAGUGUAAACUGAGUGUGUCAAAAAGUAUAAAUUAAGAUUGAAAAGAAAAAAAAAGAAAAAAAAAAGAAGAACGAACAAAGAAAACGACGACAAACGGAGAUAUCGACGUUGGAGUAGGUAGAAUACAAUUAUCCCUUCAGCAGAAUACUUUCUACUACGGUAUAAGUGUUAAACAAAAUUAACGAAAAAAAAAGCGUAAAAAAGAAAAAAAAAAAACAGAAAAAAGAACAGGUAAAACAGUAGGAAAGUAAUAUCGUAACAAAAAGAAUAAAAGAAAAAAAAGAAAAAAGAAAAAAAAAAGAAACCAAACAAACUUAUAUCUAGUCAAACUCUCGUAUGAUUUACACCAUGAAUAACCCAACUGUGUUCCUCCUACCACAACUUUCACAUCUUCUUUUCACGCGAUUCUCGACGUAUUAUUGUACAAAAAUGUUUUACUCUUGUAAAUAAAUUAUCCGUAUGAAGAUGUA